AUGGCCACCUUUCGCAAGCUAUCUACCCUGUUACUUCUCCUCAUCGCGGGUCUCCCCGUCAUCCAAGCGAUUUGCUCGUCCCAAUCCCCGUUCUACCCGCCACCCACAUACGACGGCCACGCCUCCGAGAUCUGGGAGACGUUCAGCCAGAUCGAGGCCUCACUCGCCACGCUCACGAGGAACAACAACACCGCGCUCGACGCGUCGUCGUAUUCCAUCGAGGUCACGUCCUCGCAAGGCACGCUGUGGUCCACGUUCCAUACGGCCCGCGCCAAAAACGAGACGAGGCCGGGCGCCGUCCAAGUGAAUUCGACGAGUCGGUACCGCAUCGCGAGCAUCACGAAGGUGUUUACCGUGUUGGGCGUCUUGCAUUUGCAUGGCGAGGGGAGGUUGGCGCUUGACGAUAGCGUUGCGAAAUACGUCCCUCUCUGGGGGUUUGGGGAUUCUGGGAAUGCGACCUCGGACUCGAAUGCCAACUCUAGUGCGUUGGCCUGGGACAAAAUCACGCUCCGAUUACUCGCUAGUCAAAUCUCCGGCCUGCCUAGAGACUGGGCGCAGGGAGACCUGCUAACAGGGCCGGACGACCACACGGCAAUGGGUCUUCCUCCCAUUGGGGACUCUGCGCCGGAACGCGCCAACCUCCCCAAAUGCGACUCCUACGAGGACUACAAGCCCUGCACGGCGCACGAGCUGCUGACCCACCUGCAGCACAGGGUUCCGUUGUUCCCACCCGGCAUGAAAUCGACGUACAGCAACAUCGCGUUCGAACUGCUGGGCCUGGUCAUCGCCAACGUGACGGGCAUGGCGUACGAAGAGGCGAUAACGACCUCGGUCCUUCGCCCACUCGGCAUGAACGAGACGUCCUUUACCAAGCCGCCGGACGAGGUGGCCGUGCUCCCGAAAGGCAACGCCUGGUACUGGGACGUCGACGAGGGCGUGCAGAACCCGACAGGUGGAUUGUACUGCUCUGCCGGGGACAUGUCGAUCUUUUUGAGGCACGUGCUGACAGAGUACAUGGACGCCGGGGCAUCGGGGAUAAAUUGGCUGCCUAAUUCGUUCUCGUCGGCGGGUGGGUUUGGCAGCUGGUACGGCAUGCCGUGGGAGACGUUCCGGACCGAGAAGAUCCUUGGUGGUCGAUCCGUCACGUUCUUCACCAAAGGCGGCGGACUCCCCGGGUAUAGGACGAUUGUGGCUCUGGUGCCGGAAUUCGACCUGGGCUUCACGAUUUUCACGGCCGGGGAUGAGGAGUUUCUGAGUGAUUUGCUGGAGAUGGUCACCGUGCCGUUGAUUCGCGCGGCGGAUAGACUCGCGGCCAGGCAGAUAGUAGACAGUUAUGUCGGGGAGUUCGCCUUCUUGUCCUCGUCAGAGGAGAACACGUCAUCAGAAGAGAAGGGGGAGGACAGGGACGAGAAUGAGCAGGAGCGGGAGAAGAAGGGUGAAGCCGACGUGACCCCUAGGGCUGCGCCCCUCAACUCCUCCCUCGCCUUAACCUACACGCCGGCGCACGGGCUCGAGAUCACACGCUGGAUUUCCAACGCGACGGACAUGCUCGCGGUGUUUCGCGCGCAAUUCAAGUUGCCUAGCGAUAGACAACUCCAUGCACAACUUAUUCCCACACUUUUGUAUCGCGAUAACCCGAACACAGAGCAUCGCAGAGAGGGCGAGUGGAAGGACAUGGGCGAGCGCGAGGGCAGCAGAGACGACAAGCAGAAGGAGGUGAACAAGCCCGGGGCCAGCAGAGACGACGGUAGGCAAAAGAUGACCAAGCGUGGCGAACUAUGGCGCAUCGUCUUCGCACUCGACAAGCCUUCUAGCCCCGCGGGCGUGGGCGUGUGGGAUGAUUUCUGCCUCGCGGACGUGGACACCAAGAUGUAUGCGGGCAGGCCGCUGAACGAGGUCGUUUUCUGGGAUCGUGACGCGGACGAAAACAGCGGAACGGGACGGUUCGGGCGCGUCGAGAUGUCUGCGUUUCGGGUGAAUUUGACGAGGGUGCAGGUGCACGGUACUUGUGGCGGGAGAUAUGGUUGUGACCAGGCGAAGGCAACGACGGGAGAAGAUUUCAAGUUCUUGGCUCAGGACGGGACGGGGAAGCUAGGUAGAAGGUAG